AUGAAGAUAGAUCGUUCCAAGUUAAAAAAAGGGAAUUUUGAUGUUCCUGCCGAGUGCAAAAUUUUGAUAGAAAAGAUCAGCAGUUGCAAAUCAAACGAUGAACUCCUAACCGAGCUAAAAAAUGUCAAGUCAUGGGUUUAUGGAAAGUGUGAAUUACUGAACUGGGUGGACGUCUUGGACAUACUGGAUGAUGUUUUAGAAGCAUGCAGCAAGCCAGUGCAAAUAUCAUCAUCUUCGUCGUCGUCAUCGCCAUCAUUAUCAUGGCACCUGGCAUGCAACCCCCACCCCCAUCAUGGGGGUCAGAAGGACAAGGAGCUGUUGUUGGUUGUUCUUCAUUUCUCAUCACUGCUCAUUGAACAUAGUUUCACGAGACAUCUCUACAACUCGAUGGAACACCUGACUGCAUUGUUGGCAGCCAGUGACAUGACCAUUGUCCUGGCUGUCAUUGAUGUCCUUUACGUUUUCAGUAAAAGGUCCAACUUCAUUACAAGGCUUCCAGUUGAUAAGAAGCAAAUACUUAUAUCCAGAUUGCUGCAUCUCGCUGAGUCAUGGGGUGGCAAAGAGAAUGGCUUCGGACUCUCUGCAUGUUGCCAGGACCUUCCUAUGGAAUACUAUCCUGCAUCGGCUACCACCCUUCAUUUUGAAUAUUAUGAUGAGGUGCUUGAUAUUACUUCCAAGAAGGUUGGCCCAGGGCCUCACUUGCAGCAGAUCCACCUACCUCAGCUGGAUAGACGAGGCGAAGAUGCAGCUACCAUCAUGAUGAGCAUUGUCUGCAACUCCUGUCUUCCAAAAGAGAAGGAGAUGCAGCUGUUCACUCACAUUCGACUUGCACUCAGCUUUUCGAACUAUGAGAAGAGACUGCAGUGUGUACAAGCCAGACUCCAGGCACUCUCCACUCUCAUAUAUUCCAAUGCUGCUCAGGACCACCUGAGCAGUCUCCUGUACAGUGGAUUCAUCGAAGAACUGGUCGAUGUCCUCGAAUUAGAUGAUCAACUACACCAGAUCACUGACAUCAAGGCAACCUCGUUGAGGACAUUGACGGCUGUCGUGCAUCUUGAGGGGAACAGGAAGUUGUCCCAGAUAACUCAGGCCACUGGCACUUCCCUCUAUCAUGGUUUCCUUCCUGUCCUCAUGAGGAAGUGCAUACAGCAUAUGACAGAUCCUGAUUUGGAGUCCUUUCCACAUUCACUGACGACUGCACUCUUCUCCUUCCUCUACCACCUCGCCAGCUAUGAAUCCGGUGGUGAAGCACUCGUUUCAUGCGGCAUCAUGGAGUCAUUGCUGAAAGUUGUGGCCUGGCAUGGAGAUGACUCACAAGAUCACAUCACCUUUGUGACAAGAGCAGUCCGUGUGGUUGACCUGAUGACGAAUCUGGACAUGCAGACGUUCCAAUCAUAUGGGGCCAUGAAUAUUUUCGUUAAUCGACUCCAGCACGAGGUGGACAUAUGCAGAAGAGAGCAGCCAUUUGUGUUCCGGUCGACAUCAGUCAGUGAAUCUCAUCAAGCAUCUGAAUCGAUGGGCACCACUCGCCAGUGCUUCCCUCAGAGGGCCGCCCUCUUGAAAUCCAUGCUGAACUUCCUUAAGAAAACCAUCACAGAUGCAUCAUUCGCUGAUGCCAGUAGGCACUUGAUGGAUGGACCACUGCCUUACUCACUGAAGCACAUCAUCAGUAAUGCAGAAUACUAUGGGCCAUCACUCUUUCUACUUGCAACUGAACUAGUCACAGUCUAUGUUUUCCAAGAACCUUCCAUGUUGUCUUCGCUGCAAUCAAAUGGCCUCACUGAUGUCAUGUUGCAAGCUCUACUCGUUAAAGAUGUGCCAGCAACCAAGGAAGUGCUAUCAGCUCUGCCCAAUGUCUUCAGUGCACUCUGUCUGAACACUCGGGGUCUCAAUGCAUUCAUGGCGUGCAAACCAUUCGACAAUUUGUUCAAAGUCCUUCUAUCCCCUGAUUACCUGCCUGCCAUGAGGAGGAGGAGAAGUUCUGACUUGCCAGGUGACACAGCCACAAGUCUAGGGAGUGCUGUGGAUGAAUUGAUGAGACACCAACCAUCACUGAGAACAGAUGCUAUCAAGGGCAUCAUCAAGUUGUUGGUUGAGGUAAGCAACUUGGGCCAGGAUCCUGAUCUGAUCUGUCAGAAGGCCAACGUGUCAAUCAACAUGAGCACUUCAACAGCCACCCCCGCUCCAGCCACUAACAGCACAAACAAUGCACAACAGAACAACAACUCGGGAAACAGUUCCGACGACGAGGACGAUGAAGAUGAUGUGGCCAGCAUACACAGCAGUGCUGGAGUUGGAGGUGGUGCAUCAACCGAGGGAGCAUCAAAUAAGUCCCCGACCCGCGAAAACAGAUCCGUUCCAUUGGUGGAUUAUGUUCUCAACGUUAUGAAGUUUGUCGAAGCGAUACUGAGCAACAACACGACGGACGAUCACUGCCGGGAGUUUGUACAUCAGGAAGGUUUGAAGCCACUGUUGAACAUACUCAUCCUUCCAAAUCUACCAGUUGACUUUCCGUCAUCUGCAUCAUGUCUCGCUGUCGCCAGUGUCUGCAAAUCUAUACUUACUCUGACUAGAGAUCCGCAAGUCCUACGAAGUACCUUGGAACUGACGGAAAACUUGCUGUCCUGCAUGACUGACCUCAUGUACUCGCUGAACAACGAAUCACCUGCCGAGUCAGUCCUCUUCAAAGAACUCAUCUCAGCUAUUCUCAGUGACCAUCAAGAGCCAUUCAGAUCGAAGCAGGCAACACCCCUCCUGCACUAUCUCACUUCUAUUCAUUCCUGCGUUGCUGUCUUCAUCAGCAUAUGUAAGGUCACCCAGGGAGACAUUCGCACGAUAACACUGAACCACUGGUCAUCCAGCUUGGGCAUGCAAGUUCUCAGCAAGCUGUCCAUGCUCUACACAUCCCUGGUCUGGGAGAGCUCCAUGCUGAUCGGAUUGUGUGGCGAAUACAACACUCCUCCGGAUGGUGAUGUCAACACGUGCAACCUCAACAAGUUGAUCCAUCUCAUUGUCCAGGGCCAGCAGGGUGAAAGUGAGGAUGCAUCGGCAGCAGCAGCAGCAUCAUCCUUGUCGUUCUCAUCGUCACAACCCACAUCCUCUCUUACCCAAUCUCAUCCACUGUCGUCGGCAAAUAAUCUCCCAACAUGCAUUCCCAUGGAAACAAACCAGGAAAAGAAUGCAAGUGAGCAACAUGGAAUGUCUGCCAUGGAUACACGAACUCACAUCCUCAAGCCACUGCUUGCUAUCACAUCGAAACUCGGUCGAUCACUAACUGAACUCUUCAAUCUGUUGGCACGCACAUGUGUGGGCACACCAUCGCGUCCUCGACGCACACACCACCAGACCAAUGCUCCCUCACUCCUUCCUUCACCAUCCCCCAUUGCCAGGACAGUGUCCAAGCAACUGUCGCUACUGCUCAACUCUGGGCUGCUCACAUUCCCUGCCGAGGGGGGCACUGUCUGGAGACUCAGGCUGACUUUCCUCAUAUGUUCAAUCGGAUUCACGUCGUCAAUGUUGUUCGAUGACAAGAAGUUUCCAUACCACCUCAUGCUGCAAGAAUUUGUCAGUGCAGGUGGCAUAGAGGCUUUGUAUCAGACAUUUAUGUGGGUUUUGUGUGAUGGAGGAACGUUGGAUGAGCAGACUGCCAUGAACACCACAAAACUAUCUGAAGGCAGUAGUGAGUUCUUUGAUGCCUGGCUGACACUCAUGGACAGAAUGUUGAAUCCCAAGAACCUCAUCGAGUCACCUUACUCCAUGCCCCCUAAAACAACUGCAAACUAUUUUGAUCCCCUGGUCUAUUUGGCUCAGAUUGAAAAGAUGGGUUUUGAUGCAAUCACAUACCUGUGGAACAAGGAGUUGUUGAACUUCCAUGGGCACAGGAUCUGUGAAGCCAUGCUGAACAUCAUAUGUUACAUCGUUAAGACUGAAGCUAUCAUCAAGAAUAGGAUGAACAGAGACAAACAAGUGCAGCCGGGUGUGGAAGGAAGUGCGUCGGACCAAUUGAACAAUGCAUCCAUCGGCCAAGACGCAACAGACGCUAGCAAUGCAGGACUUCUGAUGGACAUGGGCUUCAGUAGGGCUCAUGCAACGCAGGCACUCCUCAGAUGUGAUGGACUCGAACAGGCCACUGAGUACUGUCUCUUCCAUCCACCUCCUGCUCAGGUACUUAUCAACUGUUUAUCAGCGUCAGAGGAGGACCAAAUGAUUAGAGCGAUUGCCAUGUCUCUUGGAGAGGAUGUUGAUGAGGUGUGCUGUUGUAAAUCCCCAUCAGCAAAUAAGGUUCCUCAGAAAACGGCAACUGCAUCUACAGCAUCAUCUUCAGCAGCAUCUGAUGUCAACAAAAACGUGCUGACCAAGGAGAUUAUCACUGACUUUACCAGUAACAUUAUGACAGGUUGUUUGAGGCUUUUGGAUGCUCUUCCUGGCUGUGUCUACAGGGUGUCUGACGUCCUCAUCAUCCUCACUGAACGCAAUGGCGAGGCCUGGACCAAUGCAAUGUUCUUCAACAUCAUUUCACAAAUAAAGACUUGCUGCAUGUACCUGGUGGAGAAGGCCUCGCCGAUGAGCACCGGCGACCAGAGGUCAGUGAAGGAGUGGGCAGAUCAACUCUCCACGGACCAACAGGCCAACCAACUUGCUGUCAGGUUGCAUCUGCUCAGUCUGCUCUUCGAGGGCCUGAAGUUUUCGUGCGUCCAGUCAUUGGAAGAUCCAUCUCUGUUGGACUUGCUGGUGAAGUUGUUGUACUACACGCAGCAAUGCCUAUCAGCUGCUCCACAGACCACCACACCUAAGUGGGUUGCAUCGCUGCUGCUGAUGCUUGACCUCUAUGAGAAAAUGUCCUUAGCCACCAAGAAGAGGGCCACACUGGAAAAACUACUGGUUGGUUAUUUGUUGGGAGGUUUACACACGUGGAAAUGGUUCGAUGACAGGAGUGGCAAGUGGUCGAACUAUGGAGCAGGCAACAACAGGACCAUCGAUGAUGCAUACUGGGAGGGACAGACCUCCGUCAAGUUCACAGCAGGCAGACGCAGAUACAUGAUUCAAUUCAACACCAUGAUUCAGGUAAAUGAAGAAACAGGCAACAAGCGACCAAUCAUGUUGCACGUACCACAGAAACAAGAGAUCAUUGGACAGGCGGGAACGAACAUAUCCAGUGAGAAAACAACAACGACGGCGGAGGUUGUAAAGAUGGAUGUUACACCUUCAACAGCAUCAUCGUCGUCAUCAUCAUCACAAAAAGCAUCUCAACAUCAACAACCUAAAAUUAAAGAAGUUAUUAUAACUGGUUUGUCACCUGAUCAAGUAGAUUGCAUACUUAGAUCGUGCAUUGGAUUGAUCGGUUGUCGGGCUGAUGGCGACACAUUGCAUGCCUGCAUGCGUCUCGUUCUGAGACUGACUCGAGACUACACAUUCAGUAAGCUGUUUGUCACGUUGGGAGGACCGAAACUUCUUCUGUUGGUUGACGAGUCGUCAAACUUUCAAGGCUUCCUAUCAUUGGCUACACUGAUUUUGAGGCACGCCAUUGAAGAUGAACAAACGCUGAAGUACGCCAUGGAGAAAAUUGUGAGGUCAUCGACAUUGGGAGCCGGCUCGAAUGCCUGUGGCGUGGCUAUGAACAGCAAUGGAUCGAAAGAGAUGCAUUACUUGCUGCGAGUGUUGGGUCCUGCUGUGUGCAGAGAUGAGACGCUCUUCAAACUUGUGGCCACCAAUGUACUUAGAAUUAAUGUGCCACCAAUCAAACGAGGUUGCUUUGUCAGUUAUGAUGAUGAAGCUCGUGUUUUGAACCCAGCCAAUCCUCAACUUCUGAAAAGUUUGCCGGUCAGCAGUCACGCCAGUCCACCUGUUCUUGGAGAGCUCGCUAAGGAAGUUGUGUUUGUGUUGUUGCAGGCACUUGCUAACAAUCGAACAAUCACUGCAGAUCAACAGCAACAACAGGUCGGCACUCUUCACAACUUAUUCAUUCACAAUCUCCAUCCCUCCAAUGCUGAACAGAGCUCAACAGCAGCAGCUGAUGUUGAACAGACUCAACAACAACAGCAAGCAACACAACCACAACAGCAACAAACAGCUGCUGCUAGCAAGAUGAGCAAUAAGCCAUUGAUGUCUCGAUCCAGCAUAAUGAGGUUACUGGCGGAGUUGGUACGCUCGUAUGUUGGUUGUGCCCUCUUCAUUGUCAACCAAUCAUUUAAGGCCUGCGAAUUUGGACCAGUCACCGAAGAUUGCACGGUGUUGUCGUACAUCCUCGAUCACCUGAUUCAUCGCGGAGGAACGGAACAUCACGAGGAUCCACAUCUUCCCUCACUUUCUCGUCUACUUCUCACCAGCAUUGCUUCAUCCAAUCACAGUCCAGAUGCUCAAAACAUCCUGGCCAAUGAAUUGAAAGCCUCUCUGCAGAGGUCACUGAUCAUGCAUGAAUGUAACGAGAAGCACUGCAGAAUACAGGCAAUCACAGGUCUCAUUGCCGCCAUCAUUGAAGCCUGUCCUUCUACUGGAUCUGGUGGAAGGUUCGACCAGGUGCGUUCUCAGCUCUUCAGGCCAAUGAACACUAUGAACAAUAUGGUGAAGAUAAUGGUGAAGAAAGGAUUGGUGAAUGAUUUAGCCAGAGUGACCCACAAUCUCGACCUGUCCAGUCCUAACAUGGCUGCCACUGUGAACGCCGCAUUGAAGCCGCUGGAAACACUAUCUCGAAUUGUCAACCAGCCUCAUGUUGCAGCCAACAAUUCUGCAGCUACUCAGAAGUCAGGUCGACAGGUGGCAGCUCUCGAAAGAAAUGGAAGAGUGAACAACGUCGUUGGUGCUGAAGGAUCAGCUGCUCCCAGGCAAGAGAACGCAGAGGCCGACAUUGAAAGGGAUGCGAUGAAUAAUGAGGGAGAGAUGGCAGGUGGCAGACAGGAUGCAUUCGAGGAUGAAGGUGAUCUCAUGAACAAUGAUGACAGUGGAGAACAUAACAACACCCUAGAUGAAGGUUCGUCAGACGACAUUGUGAUAAUUUGUAACAAUGAGGAUGAUGAUGACCAGGAGGAUGUAUGGUUGACGACUAUGGUGAUGAUGACGAUGGUGACGACGACGAUCGAUGGUGCCGUGGAGAUUGACAUUGAACUAACGUCAUCCAAUGAUAGGGAUGCGCAGGUUGUUAUUCAGGAUAUGUCAGAAAAUGAAGAUGACGACGAUGAAGACGAUGACUGGGAGGGAGAUAUGGAUGAUGACGAUCAGGAUGAACAGGAUGAUGAUGAUGAAGAUGGCGAUGAUGACGACGACGAUGAUGAUGUUGAAGAUGAUGAGGUAAUCUUUGAGUUUUAUUUUGUAAACAUUUUUAACGUUGCCGACGAAUUAGGCUCAUUGGUUUAUUGGUCUGGCCUGCUCUUCAGUAGUGCAUGCAUGCUACCACCGGCCCCGAGUGGAGUGAUGGUGAAUCACCCGUUGUUGGCGCGCAAUCAAGAGACCAGUCAGCACACGACGUACGCACUGCAGGAUGGUGCUGUCACUCCACGACUGCAUCGCUCCAACAGAGCUCGCCAGACAUAUCGAUACAAUCCGAGCACGCAGACCCUUCACGUGCAGUACGCCAGGGCCCGCCACGUUAACCCCCCUGCCAUUCUUCAGAGGUUGUUGGGAGCAACUACAGAUGUGAUGCAACUGACGAACUCGCUGACGACAGGUGGGUCCACUCGACUUCACCUCAUGUCAGGGGACGAGUUGAGAGUCAUCACGAGAGUUGAAGAUGAAUCAAUUCUCGACUCACUAUUCCAGGAUGAGAACAACAGCAUUGGAUUGCUUUCAGACAUACCAGCUGCUCUGACGAGGUGGGCGGAAGAGUCUAAAGUUCUCGAGGGGGAGGUCAACAUGCACGAAACUAUGCUGAUAGCCAAGGUGGACAUCAUGCACGAGUUGGAGAAGUUCAGGGAUGAAGAGGUGAAGGAGCAACGGGAGAAGAGGAUGAAAGACAAGUGGACGAACACAUCAGCGCCGUUCACCAGCAACAAGACGACAUCAACAACUGAUGCCCAAAAAACAGGUGACGUCACACAAACUCCUCAACAACCGCAACAGCAGGCAACCAUCUCUCCAUCUGCAUCUUCCUCCAACAACACAAAAAUGACAUCCACCCACGAUGAUGUUGCUGAGGCUGAUGAUAGGGAACGAGAGCAAGAUCUUGACACACAGCAACAACAACAACAACAACAUGAACUGAUAGAGCAGCAACAACAUGAACUGAUAGAGCAACAGCAACAACUAUAUGAACAACCUCAAGAAGAAGCAAGAGACCUUACUUCUUCCAUCUUUCCACUGACUGGUGUUGUUGGUGGACCCACAACAGCCGCUGCCGCUCCAGCUACUAUUGUAACAACUUCUACAACAGAUACUUCAACAAACAAUCAAUUGGUUACUGUGUCAACAACAAUUUCAACAACAUUUGCAAGUACGCAGUCAUCCUCCCUAUCAUCCUUCUCUUACUUUACUGUAGACACAAUGGCAGCACUAUUACCGUCUACGACUGUGCAACAAACAUCAAAUUCAACAACUGCAAUCUCACCUGGAGCUGGAGAUAAUCAUUUCAACAACGAUGAAAGCACCACUACUUCCACAUCUUCAAACGAAACAGUAACUUCUCCAGCAGCUGCAAACAACAUUCCUCCGACUGAACAAAUGACUACAACAGCCUCAGCUGCACCACCAGCAAGCACUUCGGAGCCUGUCGCAUCAACAUCUUCCCAGCCUAACAUGUUUGAAGAUAUAGUGCUACCCGAAGGAGUGGAUCCUUCCUUCUUAGCUGCACUUCCAGAGAACAUCAGACACGAGGUCAUCAUGGAACAACUUAGACUUCAACGCAUUCAACUGCGAGCUCAGCAGCAACAACUCGAGGCUCAGUCAUUGGGUGUAUCAGAAGUCAGUCCUGAAUUCCUAGCUGCUCUUCCUCCCAACAUACAAGAAGAGGUUCUUGCACAGCAACGAGUGGAGCAGAAUCGUUUGUCGCAAAAUCCGGAAACCCCUAUGGACCCGGCAAGUUUCAUCCAGUCACUCCCAUCCUCUCUACGUCAGCAGGUUCUGGCAGACAUGGACGACAGCAUGGUAGCCAUCCUGCCUGCUGACCUGGCUGCUGAGGCAAACGUGUUGAGGAGGGAGUUGGAGGACCGACAUCGCAUACUCCUUCAAGAACGACUUUUCAAUCAGGGAGGUGUCCUCUCGGGCAUAUUGAGGCAUCCUGGUUAUUCUCCACGAAACAUCACAAACGCAAGUUACACCCUUCGUUCACUUCCCAUGAGGUCACACUGGAAUUGGGCUGGUGGUGGUCGAGGGAAUAAUGCUGCUGGUGGUGCAGGUGGAACACUGACUGCUGCAGCUUCAAACGCAACCAAGAUACGAGGCAAACAUUUGUUGGAUAGCGAAGGAAUAUCGUGCUUGUUGGUCUUGUUAUUUGUGGAUGACUCUCGAAUGAACACAACACGACUUCAUAGAGUGGUGAGGAACUUGUGCUACCAUGCUCCAACACGUCACUGGAUCAUUGAGGCCCUCCUCUCCAUCUUGGCCAAGACUGAUGAACACGUGAGCCAACAACUGAAACUUCAAAACCAACUUUCCAUUGAACAUGGUGAUGUGCAUGCACAGCAACAACAAAGUUGCCAACAACCCAGCAAAAAAAUUGUAUGUUCCUUUCUUGCACAAGAUGAAAUCAGCAACACUCCAUCCUGGCUCAACAUUUAUCUUUGUGCUGCCCUCGGCUCACAAACUAACGUUUUCCGACUUACCAGAGCUCCGACAUCGUCAGCCUGUCCGUCUAGGAAGCACUCGUCCAAACAUGCACCCCCACUGACCAUCUCACUACAUCCUCAGGCUGCCCCACUCAUUUGCAGACAUGUCCUUGACAUUCUCAUCUCACUUGCAAAAACGUUUCCCACUCAUUUCAUUCCUAAAUCGUCGAACGAGCUGCAAAGCGAUGGACAUAAACCUAAAAGUACCACUACAGCAAAUCAAACAACAUCAGCUACUUCUCCACCUUCACUCACAUCUGCCAACAACUCUGUUACUACAGUCAAAGUUGAUUUCUGGGAUUCGCUCAUCAAAUUAGACUCUUUUCUUGCAAACAGGAAAGGCAAGUCGUCAUUGAAGGAUCGAACUUUGUCAUCAUCUUCCUCCUCUUCCCAACAUCCCAGCAACCAAGAACUAUCGACACACCAAAACUCAUCAUCACCUCAGGUCGUAAGUGAUCGUUCCUGUUUGGGACAACUGAUGACGAUGCUUUCUCAUCCAAUAAUAAGGAAAAGUCAGCUGCUGACAGAUCGUCUAUUAAGACUUCUGAGAUUGAUUUCCGUAGCAUUCUGUGACGCCAGCAGUGUUACUCAGCAGGCAUCCACAACUGCGCCACCGCCGUCGUCCACGGCUGCUUCAUUGUCCACAGCUGCUGUACCGUCACUUUCAUCAGCCGUUACAACAGCGACUACAACAUCAUCUUCAGCUACGCCGCCCUUGUUAGCUGGAUCAUCGUCAUCAGCUGGACCAUCGUCAACGGCGGCUGAUAGGACGACAGAUGCAACCACUGAUGAAAAUAUGGAUACCAACUCUGAUGAUGUCCAGUCUGUUGUUAUGGAAAGUGAAUUAACAUUAGUAGUGGAGGUUCUCACUUCAAAGUAUUGCUCCGAAGAAGGGUUGGAAGAUGCAACGAACCUGUUACUCCAACUGGCCAAGCACAAUGCACCGACCAGGACCAUCAUAUUGAAGCUGCUGAUCCAAGGGGUGCAUUUGCUCGGAGCAAGUGUCUGCCAACAUAUCAGGUCGGCCAUCUUAUCAUUAUCUGACGAGCUAUCAAGUUUGUGUGCGUCUGAGAUGAAGGAAGAUGAUGAUGUGGCUAGCUCACUGGCGUCAACGUCGUCCAAUUUGAAAGGGGUGCUGCAAGACAGGUCGGUCGUCAUCAUCAUCUCUACAAAACUGAAGGCACGGGGCAGGGAGUUGCAACUUGCAUCCAUGCAACAACUCACCAACAAAACAUCCAGUCAGAACUUCCUGCUGAGGCUGCUUAAGGUGAUAAUUCAUCUGAGAGAGGCAAUCAGAAACAACAAGAAAGCUCAACAGACAACAACAUCUUCAACUGCAGCAACUCCUGCAGCAACUACAACAUCUACUGCUGCUCAUUCAUCUCUUCCAGCAACAACAACAACAACCAGCAUAGCAACACCAGCCUCCACUAGCACAUUGCAACAACAAGCACCACCACAAUCGUCUGCCACAAAUUCGUACUCACAAUCUCCAAUGGAAGUUGAUAAUGCAGAAACAACAACAACACCAUCAUUAUCACUAUCGACCGCAGCAACGACAGCAGCAGUAGCAGAUGCCGACUCAGACGCAUCAUCACCUUCAGCAACAUCAACAUUACUUGGUUGUUUAACUGAACACAUCCAACUCGAUGAUUUAUGGACAGCUCUUGAGGACUGCCUGCUCCUUCUAGCCAAGAUGCCCGACAACUAUGCAGUCCUCGUGCUUCAACCGGCAGUUGAGGCUUUCUUUUUGGCUCAUGCUGACAACCAAUUAAAGAGGGACACGUCAUCAAGCAGAAGGGAGGAUCAAUUGGCUCACGUGGCUUUCUCUGCCCCCAUGUCUCCCAAUGUCCAAUCAGAUCUCAUCAACUCUGUAACCAGCAACAACACGUCAACAACGGCAGCAAACAAAUGUUUAAGACCAGAAGUUCAAAAGUUCAUAAGUUUUGCUGAAACCCACAGAACAGUUUUGAAUCAGAUAUUACGCCAGUCGACAUCCCCACUUUCUGAAGGAGCAUUCUCCGUCCUCGUCGACUACACGAAAGUUCUCGACUUUGAUAUCAAGCGUCGAUACUUCCGACACGAGCUGGAUCGGAUGGACGAGGGCGUAAGGAAGGAGGACCUUGCAGUGCACGUGCGCAGGAGUCACGUAUUUGAGGACUCUUUCAGGGAACUUCAUAGGAGGACACCAGAGGAAUGGAAGAAUAGGUUCUAUAUUGUUUUCCAAGGUGAGGAGGGCCAAGAUGCAGGUGGUUUGCUGAGAGAGUGGUACAUCAUCAUCAGCCGCGAGAUCUUCAACCCCAUGUACGCCCUCUUCUGCACGAGUCCAGGCGACCGAGUGACCUACACCAUCAAUGCGUCCUCCCACUGCAACUCCAACCAUCUCAGCUACUUCAAAUUUGUUGGUAGGAUCAUCGCAAAGGCCAUUUAUGAUAACAAGUUGCUAGAAUGUUACUUUACCAGAUCUUUUUACAAACACAUUCUCGGAGUUCUCGUCAAAUACACUGACAUGGAGAGUGAGGAUUAUGCCUUCUACAAAGGACUUGUAUUUCUCAUGGAGAAUGAUGUUGAAGAUCUGGGCUACGAACUGACAUUUAGUACUGAGGUUAUUCAAGAGUUUGGUGUGACGACAAUUCGAGAUUUGAAGGAAGACGGUCGAAACAUUCGAGUGACUGAAGAGAACAAGAAAGAGUAUGUGAAGUUGGUGUGCCAGAUGAAAAUGACGGGAGCCAUCAAGCAGCAGUUGACAUCAUUUCUUGACGGCUUCUACAGCAUCAUUCCCAAACGCCUCAUCUCAAUAUUCAAUGAACAGGAACUUGAGUUGCUCAUAUCAGGUCUUCCCAACAUUGACAUUGAUGACCUUAAAGCCAACACUGAGAUUCACAAGUACCAGGCCAAUGCUCUGCAGAUCUCAUGGUUCUGGAGAGCUUUGAAGUCAUUUGAUCAGGCAGACAGGGCCAGGUUCCUUCAGUUUGUUACUGGCACCUCCAAAGUACCUUUGCAAGGUUUUGCCUAUCUUGAAGGCAUGAAUGGUACUCAGAAAUUUCAAAUUCACAAAGAUGAUCGAUCCACUGAUCGCUUGCCAUCUGCUCACACGUGCUUCAACCAGCUGGACCUGCCAGUGUACGAAACGUACGACAAGUUGAGGCAGAUGCUUCUGCUGGCCAUCCACGAGUGUUCAGAGGGCUUUGGACUAGCUUGA